AUGUCCGAGCGACACGUCGCUAGUCGUAGUCAGUCUGAGGCUAUACUCACUCUGUGUCGGGUCCGCGAGUGUGUUGGCUGCAAAUCUUUCAGAAUGAACGGCCCACAUAAAUCUCCGUCUUCUGUUUGGAUAAAGUUGAUGUCCAAAUCAAGAAAGCGACCUUAUUACUAUAACACACAGACAAAAAUGUCGGUGUGGACAAAACCGAAGGACUUUGAUCAGACAUCCACACUUACGCAGUCUAAUGUGAAUCGAGGUAAUACAAUGCCACCUGAAUAUACUUUGAGACGUGUAGAAGAAUUGCUAGAUUCCAUGCUGCCUCCAUCAGAAACACCAACUGAAGUGGCAAGAUCAUCUAAGAAUGAUAUGAAGAAAAGAGAAUUAAAUAGGAAACAGGCAAAGAAACAAAAUAAAAAAGGUCGACAAUUCUAUAAGAACAAAAAAGACAAAAAAGAACUCCUAGAACUUCUUACAUCUAUUCACAAUCCACUAUUGCAUGUGCCAGAAACAUCCAAAACUAACUAUCAAGAACGAAAUUUGUUUGCUCCAUCUACAUCCAGAGUAAAAAAUGAAACUAUUACAUCACAAGGCAGUUCCAGAAAUGAUUUUGUUCCAAUUGGAAUGUUUGAUCCACCAUUCAAUUUGGCAGAACCACCAUUCAAAUAUAGCUAUCAAGAAAGAAAUUUGUUUGCUCCAUCUACAUCCAGAGUAAAAAAUGAAACUAUUACAUCACAUAGUAGUUCCAGACAUGAUUGUGUUCCAAAUGAAAUGUUUGAUCCACUAUUGAAUGUGGCAGAACCAUUCAAAAACAAUUACCAAGAACGAAAUUUGUUUGCUCCAUCUACAUCCAGAGUAAAAAAUGAAACUAUUACAUCACAAGGUAGUUCCAGAAAUGGUUGUGUUCCAAAUGAAAUGUUUGAUCCACUAUUGGAUGGGGCAGAACUAAAUAAUGAUGAUGAUCAAAAUUACCAUGAUCUAUUUCUACAAUUGAUGGAGAAAUCCCCACCAGAAACAAAGUAUGAACGAAAUUUGUUUGCUCCAUCUACAUCCAGAGUAAAAAAUGAAACUAUUACAUCACAAGGUAGUUCCAGAAAUGGUUGUGUUCCAAAUGAAAUGUUUGAUCCACUAUUGAAUGUGGCAGAACCGUUCAAAAAUACCUACCAAGAACGAAAUAUGUUUGCUCCAUCUAAAUCCAGAGUAAAAAAUGAAACUAUUACAUCACAAGGUAGUUCCAGAAAUGGUUGUGUUCCAAAUGAAAUGUUUGCUACAUCCAGAGUAAGAAAUGAAACUAUUACAUCAAAUGGUAGUUCCAAAAACGAUUGUGUUCGAAAUGAAAUGUUAGACGGACCUCUCACCAUCGACUUGAGCCCAUAAGAUGCAAUAAUGGCAAGUUCACGUGGCUGGGACACGGAUGUAGUUUGUAAGAUAGUUCCAGACCAUCCAGCACUCUAGCGUGGGAAUGAAAACCUACUAAUAUCUAUAAUCACUUCACAUUUAUUCAAUAUGUCAAUAAAAUAUUAAAUAUACAGUAAUA